GUUUGGUUCAUGCUCAUCGUUCCCCAAAAUGCUGCCCAACAACAGAACUUCAGUCAUCUUCAUUUUCGCAAUUUUUUGCGCUUUAACCCACGGCUUCCCAUCGGAGUUAAACUACCAAUGGCCUGAAAAUAGUGAGAAAAUAAAAAAUCAUGAAGAAUUUUUGGAUUUCAUAAGGGGUGGAGGUAUUAAGGAAAGAAGCCUGGAUAGUAUUGGAGGAAGCAGCUUGCUUGGAAGGAGUUUGGACAGCAUUGGAGGGGGUAGCCUGCUGGGAAGAAGUUUAGACAGCAUUGGAGGGGGUAGUUUGCUAGGAAGAAGCUUGGAUAGCAUUGGAGGGGGUAGUUUGUUGGGAAGAAGUUUAGACAGUAUUGGAGGAGGAAGUUUGUUGGGAAGAAGUUUAGAUAGCAUUGGAGGAGGAAGUUUGUUAGGAAGAAGUUUAGAUAGCAUUGGAGGAGGAAGUUUGUUGGGAAGAAGUUUAGACAGUAUUGGAGGAGGAAGUUUGUUGGGAAGAAGCUUGGACAGCAUUGGAGGGGGUAGUUUACUAGGAAGAGGUUUAGAUAGUAUUGGAGGGGGCACAUUAGUAGGGAAAAGUUUAGACAGUAUUGGAGGUUCUGGUUUAUUGGGAAGAAGCUCAAACCACAUUGUCAAUAAUGGAAAUUCUAAAGUUAUCAAGAAAAAAUAAACCUGCCUUUUCUUUUCUGUUUUGAAAAUUAUUCUGUAAUUGUUUUUAUCACCAGGAAGUUAAAUAAAUAAAUAUUCU